AGGUGUCUCUCCAAGAACUGCAAGCAGUUGUUUCCAGCGCCCCCGUGUGGCGAAUCGCGUAGGUGCAGCGUUAUGACAAUCAGUGGGAGGGGUUUGCCCUGCUGAUGCACUGCUAUUUCAUGUAAGACAUCCAGGAGACUGCAGGCUGAUGACACAGGGCACAGCAUCAGCAUCAUCAGCAUUGGUUCGGAGCCGCAUCCUGUUUGUCCAGCCUCAGGAAAACGGAGCCUUUUCCACCUGUAGGCAUGGUUGUAUGUAAACGGCAUUCGGUGCUACAUCCGAUUCCUUGUCUUCACCCAGCCACCCUAAUGCAGGCUGUAUCACCUCUGGCUCAAGCUGCCUGCGUGUAAAUGCCAAUGCAUACACAAGGAAACACUUCUGCCCCUCCCAGUGUGAUGCAUUUCACGACAACAGAAAGGACCCCUCAUCUAUCAUGGGCAAUAAGCAAACUAUAUUUACUGAUGAACAGCUAGAUGCAUACCAGGACUGUACGUUCUUCACAAGAAAGGAAAUCCUUAGAUUACAUGGGAGAUUCUACGAGCUGGCUCCUAACAUGGUACCCAUGGACUAUACAGAUGAUCCUGAUGUCAAACUGCCCAUGCAGCUUAUUAUUAACAUGCCUGAGCUUAUGGAGAAUCCGUUCAAAGAGAGGAUUGUGCAGUCCUUUUCAGAAGAUGGUGAAGGAAACCUCAGUUUCAAUGACUUUGUUGACAUGUUCUCAGUGAUGAGUGAAAUGGCACCCCGGGAGCUUAAAGCCAUCUACGCUUUUAAGAUUUAUGAUUUCAACACGGACAACUUCAUUUGUAAGUCAGAUCUGGAGAAAACUCUGAAUAAGGUGACAAGAGAGGAGCUAGAGGAGGAAGAAGUCACUCUGGUGUGCGAGAAAGUUAUCGAAGAAGCCGACAUGGACGGGGAUGGGAAACUUGCAUUUGCUGAUUUUGAAAACAUGAUUUCAAAAGCUCCGGAUUUUCUCAGUACUUUCCAUAUACGAAUAUGAUGUUGUGAUUGAACAGUUCCUACCGGUUAAGAACUUCUGAGUCUCAGGCCAUCAGCCUCCACAGCCCUGCAAAAAAACAGCACAGUGUCUGCAGACAGAAUAGAUGUCAUGUCCUUCUGAAAAUAUACCAUUCUUUCACCUGGAAUUAUUUGAAUCUAGGAAAAUUUUAAGGUUAUUACCGAAGCAAAAAAUACAUACGUGAAAGAAGGAAAUGAUCAGUCUUGGAAAAACAAAAAAAGAUGCCUUAGAUAUGGAAAUAUGGGACAUAUAAUGGACCAUGUAAACUUGGAUACAUGAGCACACCUUACACCCGGCUAAUGAAGUGUUUGGUAGAAGAGCACCGUUUAUUCUAUUUUCAAAUCAAUAUACAUAAAAUGACAUUUUUCACUGUAGAUUUAAAA